AUGGAGCUGUUGCAAAGAGUGGAAGACCUAAUGAAGGCAGAGGAGUUCAGAGGGCCAACUGAUUUAAAACAUACGGAACUAGCAAGACUUGAAAGGGUUGUCCCCACUGAUCUCUUUUGUAGAGAUCAAGAGAGAAGACAAGAUUUUGGCAUUAAAGAAAAGGAAAUAGGUAAUUAUGUCGGAAUUGUCGCUUCAUCACUUUUUGUAGGAAGAUCAUUAGGAAGUUUUUUGUGGGGUUGGCUAUGUGAUCGAAUUGGACGCAAACAUUCACUGGCAAUAUCAACUAGUCUCAUCGCCCUCUGCACUCUUAUGUUUGGCUUUAGCCAGUCUUAUGCUUGGGCCUUGAUAACUCGGUUCCUUCAAGGAUUGUGUGGUGGACUGAUCAUAGCUCUGAAGGCGACGAUUUUCGCCCUUUGUGAUGAGACCAACAGCAGUCUUGGAAUGGCAAUAAUAAUAAGCUCUUGUCAGAUUGGUUCGAUAGUUGGCCCAGCUGUAGGAGGGUUUUUAGUUUUUCCGGCCGAGUCUUUUCCAGCAACUUUCUCCAAAGAUUCUCUAUUUGGAAAAUUCCCAUAUCUUCUACCAGUAUUUAUAACUUUCGUUAUGUUGGUCAUAUCCUUGUUUCUGACCAUAGUCAAAAUUCCAGAGACUCUUAAAAGAGAGAAGGCUAAUGAAAAGACAUUGUUGCUUAAUGACAGUGGAAGUAAAUCAAUUGAAGGACAAUCUCGUAGAUCAAGAAAAUAUUUGCAUAUGUAUACAUAUGAUAAAAUUGUUGCAAAAGAAUCCUACACUGUCUUUGCUGUACACCCCAACAAAGAAGCGGAGCAUGAGAAGGAUUCAAACAAUGCAAAGACUACUGUUUCCCAUUUUCAAAUCGAAUGCGAUUGUGUCAUGGUGCAGACACGUCCAGCCUCAACAUGUUGCCGAGGCUUGAAAGAGUCGUCGUUAUGGCAACUCAUAAAGAUAAGAAACGUGCAGCUAUCUUUGGCGCUCUAUGCUGUUUUCUCUUUUAUUUCAACUGGGUUUAAUGAAACAUUUCCUGUCUACGCAGACUCGUCUAAGAUUUACGGUGGCCUGAACUUUGCGUCGGAUCAGAUAGGGACAGCCAUUCUCAUUGCAGCCGCACCUAUGGUUGUUUUGGUUUUCGUCAUUGCAAGGCUCGAACGGAGAUUUGGUGCCAAAAAGUUGUUGAUUGCUGGGUUGUAUCUGCUCGUGUUCGGCUUGCCACUUUUUGCAUUUAUUGGCUAUAUACCGUUCAGAUAUGUAUGGUACGCGCUUGUUCCGGUUUUGUUUAUCGUGAGGUUAACAUUCGCCUGCUGCUUAAUGGCAAUCAAUAUAAUACUCAUUUGUGCUGCUGACCCAAAGUACAUGGGCCUGGUCAAUGGACUGGGAAUGACAGCGUCAUGUGUCUUCCGCUCAAUUGCACCCACCGUACUCGGCUCCCUCUACUCUUGGUCGCUAACGAAUGAAGGAACGUUGGGGUAUCCAUUCAACCAUCAUUUCUCCUUUGUUCUGUCUGGGUUCAUUGCUCUUAUCACGUUGGUAAUUGCAGUGUUUCUGCCUGAUAAAUUUCCUACUCAAUACCUAAAAGAAGUCACCGAAUCAGAAGAAACCAAUCACAGUUCGAGUGACGAAGGCCCAGAAUUUGAACAAGAUACCAAGAUUUAGAAUGCAUCGUCACAUUUAGCAAUUGCCAAAUACAUCCAUGUAAGUCUAAUCUUAUGAAUAGAUCCAGAAAUUUCUCACAUUUAUUAACAAUUUCGAUAGUAAAAGCUGCAGAUUCUUCCGCCAUGUUAUCAACUUGUAAUUAAUUAUGAUCAAGAAAUAAUUAUUGAUUAAGACCAAUAAAGCUGAUUUGUCAGAUAGGCCUAAAACCUCCCCGCUUCCAGAAAAGGACUUCUUUGAAGGGUAAGCGGAUGAGAAUCCCACAAGGGUGGGGGGGGGGGGCUGGUUACUUGAACUUUUUAUAGUAGGUGGGUCUAUCCGCAGUUGUUAAAGUUCACCUAUAAGUAUCAAAAACAAAUUCAACAGACCCAUAAAGUUUAAGCUGAAAAGUUUUGAUGAGAUCAAAAUACAAAAUCAUGUUACUGAGCAAACAAGAAACUAUUAGUCAAAGUAAUUUAGACUCUUUAUUUUAUUUAUCAGUCUAAAAAAACAUCUUUGAAUAUCAGUGUUUUUCAUGACAUCAGACCUUAAAGGCCGGUUUCCACUUGAUUCGCUCUGGUCGCGCGACUUGGCGAAAUCGAAUCAACCAGUCGCCCACGACCAGUCGCCCAGUAGUUCAACUGAGUUGAACUACUCAGCGAAUGGUAAUGCAUUCGCAAAUAAGGAAGUUCAAUUUGCGCAUGCCCCAAUGUGCAUUCGCUCAAUCUGAGGAAACCCCCUAUCCUCUCGGUGGGUCUGGGUAAGUGGAUGUGUCUUUAUUCUUAGAUUUAUUUCAAUUUGUUUUUUGAAUGAUGAUAAAUCUGAAUCAGAAAUUUUCGUUAUAGUAUUUCUGACACUGCUGUAAUAUAAUAAAAAUGCUUUUAGCUCGUAUUGGAAAUAUUGACAAUGGUAAGCUGAAUGUUAUAUUCUUUCUAUUGUUAUAUUGAAUGUUAAAUUGUGGUAAGCCAAAUUACCCAAAUUCAUAUAAUUACUUAGUUUAAUCUUGUUGUAUCUUACUUUAGAUUAAAGAUUUCAGAUAGGCCUCCUUUUUAAGUAUGCCUUAGAAUUUGUGUUUAGAAUUUUUACGUAUGACAUCAUUAAAACUUUUGAUAGAAUUUUAAAAUUUCUGACACAUAAACAAACAGAUUACCAUAAAAUAGUUCUAAAUGUGCAAAGUCAAUUGAAAAUAACAGAGCACUGGUGAGGUAGGGCCAAUGAAAGAUUUGACAUUUGCUACCGCAUUGCUGUUAUUAUCGCUCUGUCCAUAAACACUAAAUUACAGAAGUUUGCUGGGGAAACAACGUGUGUACAUAUGGCCAUAUGUCAGCCAAUUUGCAACGUAACAUAUUUAACUUCUUUUGCACAUUCAGAGGUAUGUUAUAAUGCUCUUUCAGUUUAUGAGAUUCAAAUUCAAAAGUUAUAAUAAAUUAUUUUCGUGACGUCAUCACUUAAAAACUAUGUUACUAGAUUUCAAAUAUUUAAAAAACUAAUUCUGCAGUUGAUGUUCAAUGCCUAGCAUUGUAAAAUUUCGCUUAUGUUUAGUUAAUUUUUUCGUGUAUAUUUAACUGGUUUCUUAUUUUAACUUAACGAAGUUUUAAUUUUCGAAAUAUUGGCUUUUCGAAUCCUUGCAGUUUGGUUUUAAUUCAAUACAUGAGAUAAGAAAGUAAUGCUUUUCUUCGUCACUCACUUCA